UUCAGUCAGUGGGCUGGAACUGCAGCGGCUGCUGGAGGAGGCCAGAGUGAGAAAGAGAGAGCGAGAGAGAGAGUGGAAAGAGAGAGGGUGGAGGGGCCGAGCAGCGUCUGGGUCAGCGUGGUCUGUCAUCUCAGACAAUCUAAGCGCGAGCAAGCGAAUGAGAGCGUGUGUGUAUGUGUGUGUGUAGGAGAGAGAGAGAGAGAGAGUGUGUGUUUGUAUGCAUGUGCAUGCGUGAGUGUGUGUGUGUGUGAGAGAGAGAGAGAGACAGAGAGAGAGAGAGGGAGCGCAGCAGGAGCGAGGAGGUAGAGAUGUCAGAGGAUGUGGUUUUCCUGAGCUUGCAGAACACAAGCGCAGGCAUAGUUUGAGCAUGACCUCAACGCAGGCACGCAAAGUGAGAUCUCCGUGCUCCGCUUAGCACUCCGCAGGACCAUAAGCCGUGAGGGUUCAGACAAAACAGAGCCAAAAGUGCUCACGGGAAGAACGCAUCACAGACUCUGGAGCUUUAAGGACUUCACCCGGGAAUUUGGGGAUAUUUUUAAGCACACUUCCCAUCCUUCGCUCGCUUCAUGCCGUUGGUGAACUUGGCAGAGAAGACGUUCUGCGAUCGCUGAGACUUCACGCACCUGUGGAUCCACGACGGCCAAGCAGGUUCAUCGUGCACUCCGACAGCAGAGAUGGGUUGUGGGCUGAGGAAGAUCCGUCAGACGGACGACAGCAGUCCAGGGAAGAUCUACUCAACCCUGAAGAGACCGCAAGUGGAGACCAAGAUAGGAGUGGCUUAUACUUACUGUAAUGUGGAUUUCCUGGUUGGAAAAGAAGAUGUGACAUCGACCCUGUGCUUGUCAUCGGUACGGGAGCUGCCAUCUCAGCUGCAGGAUCUAUACCAGCAAGGCUUUGUGCUCAUAGCUGUCCAUCCCUUCGUCCACCCGUGUGGCCCGGACCUUGCCAGCGUCCAGCGACAGCUUUAUCGAGCAGUGCUCAGCAAAGUGCCCGAAAGUUCAGAGAAAAGUCCAUCAGAGUUCGAGCCCUACCAUCUGAAGCUAGAGGAAUGUCUGUCCACUGAUCACAUUCCAACCCCGGAGCACAUCCAGGGAUAUGUCAAAAAACAGAUUCAGGAUGCAGCCGACCAGGGCAUCGUGUUUUCCGGUUUCAUUCAGGAACCAGCCGGUCUCCACCCUCGUGUCACGUCUCGAGGAGGCCUUGGAGAAGCAUCCCUGUCUUUGCACUCCAGUCCCAGUUCUCUGCGCUGCUCGGAGCUCACAGCGAGUCCGAGUCAUCAGGGUGAGAGCGGUACUGAGGACUGGCCCACGGACGGAGAGACGGAAGAACCGAGAACGUCUCAAGAUACGGGUGGAGACGCUCUAUCAGACGUGAUGUCUAAUGUUUCCAAAUCGGAUUGUUGUGAUGCAGAGCAGGAAGAUUUACCAUCGCCUAACAACAAGGCCAAAGACAAGGAUGGGAAUGAAAAACCCAGCAGGCUCUCGCUAGGCAAAAGUGGCGCUGAACUCUUCGGCUUGUUUAACUACCCUGGUGGGCGCCAGCGGCCGCUGAAGUACUACACGGUGAAGGUGCCUCUGCGAGUGCAACCCGGCGACGAGGGCAGUCGCGCCAUCGAGGCCCAAUGGCUGGACCACAUGACGCAGCACUUCAACAACGGAGCCUCGCUGGUCGACGGCUACUUUAGUCUGAGCAAAGAGAGCGACGAUCAGCUGCCAAAGGUCAUCGACGGUGUGUUUAUUUUCCAAGAGGGAGACUCCAGCGCAAAUACAACCUACGACGCCAUCGUGGUCGAACAGUGGACCAUCAUUAACGGGGUUCAGGUGAAGACGGACUACAUCCCCCUGCUCCAGUCUCUGGCAUCGUUCGGAUGGAGGCUCACCUGCGUGCUGCCCACGCCCAUCGUCAAGACCAACAGCGACGGAAGCGUGUCCACUAAGCAGAUCGUGUUCUUCCAGAGACCGACGCUGCCCCUCAAGAGGAGACACUCCAAGAAAAUCAUCUUCAGAACCCGAAAGAACUCGAACAAGAACUCGGUCAAAGACACGCUGAAAAACAAGAAGAAGAAGAACGCAACAGAGAAGGAGCCGGACGAUCAAAAGAUCCAGGACGGAGUGGGGAAGGAGGGCAAAGAGAACGCAGAGACGGGUGAGAAUAACGUCGAAAACGAUGCAGGAGGAGACAACGACGAGGCGGAGAUGGAGAUGCAGAAAGAGCAAGCAGAUCAAAGCGAUGAGAAAGUGGAGGAGGUGGAGGCGGAAGUGAGGAGAGAGAUGGACGGGAAAAAAUCAACUAAUGGCAAGCAAGAAGAGGCAAAUAGAGAUGAGAUAGAGACCCUUUCUGAUCUGAAAAACGGAGAGAAGGAAGGUGAAGAGGUGGAGAAACGUGGAGAGGAAACCUACCAUCUGCAUAAUGGCUUAGAGGAGCAAGAGCCUUCAACCGAUGAGGCACAAGAUACAAACCGCACUGAUAUGGAGGACCAGGAUUCGACCAAUCAGGAGUAAGACUUUUGUUAAUCCCGCCCCUGCUGCCGUGAAUGUCACACUUCUCGUAAACUGCGCUGAACGCUUUUUUAAAACCAGGGUGAAACCGAACACUUCUCAGUGCGUCUGAGGUUCUUAUCAGUAUAAGCACUGGAUUUUAAGACCACAUGAGGAUGUGUAUGAUGUAAAUAAAGAGCUCAAGACUGGCGACACUUUUUCUUCAUCUUGCUCUCAACUCGCUUGCUCGCAGCAGAUGUAUCCGGUGGACUUAAAUAACAUAAGGAAUGGCGGAGACCAUUUUUUGCGAAAGGCAAUCUGUUCUGAAGAAGAUAUCAUCACCUCCUUUUGUUUACAUGUCUGAAUAUGAACACUGAGUCACCAGUUUACGAGGUUCUGCAACUUUCUAGCCACAACCAGUGACCAGUCUAUCAGGUCUUUACCUUACAACCUUAUAGGCCACUUUGUAUGUACCCGGGAUUAGACUCUGGAUGAGACAUGAAUCCAGAACCACAUACCAACAUCCAUAAAAUCACAUUCUAUUGCACCAUCAGAGACUAUUAGACUUGGUAGGAUUUUUAUUAAAAAAUCUAUACAACCAUCAGAUACACCUAUAACCAGUCCCCGGUCCCCAGUAUUCCUACUAGGACCAUUUAUAUUGUGAUAUUUGGUCAUUAUAACACAAGAUAACAUUGUGAACCAUUAUGAGCUAUUCAAAAUACCAGGAACCAAAAGAAACCUGACCAGACUUUUUCUAGCCACAGGAAAGUGAUCAUCAAAAGGUGCAUGUGGUCUUUUAGUGAUUGUGUUGAUAACUAAUGGGGUAGAGAAAUCCAUUAGAAACCCAUCAAACACACCCAUAGCCAUUCACUGUCCCACUGGAUUUAAUUUUAUGACCUUUUUCACUGUAAUAUUUUACCAUUUUGUGAUAUUACAAAUGACUGGAGAACUACAGCAACUACUGAUCAACCUCACUCUACCCCAUUAAACAAUGGAAAGAAAUCACUAAACCACCCCUGCACAUAUAUUACUCUACCCUAUUUAACCAACUCUACCCUAACACAUUUGACCUGGCCUACUUUACCCUACUUGAUGAGGUCCACUCUACCCUAUUUCGCCAGCCCUACUCUAUACCAAUUGCCAAGCCCUACUUUAUACUAUUUGGCCAGUUCAAUUCUACUCCAUUUGACCAGCCCUAAUCUACCCUAUUUCACCAGUCCUACUCUAACACAUUUGAACAGCCCUUCUCAACCCCAUUUGACCAGCCCUACUCUAACACAGUUGACCAGCCCUAAUCUACACUAUUUAACCAGCCCUACUCUAACACAUUUGACAAGCCCUUCUCAACCCCAUUUGACCAGCCCUACUAUACCCUAUUUGGCCAGUCCUAAUUUUCCCUAUUUAGCCAGCCCUACUCUACCCCAUUUGACCAGCUCCACUGUAUCCAAUUUGACCAGCCUUAAUCUAUGCCAUUUGACCAAUGCCACUCUAACCCACUUGACCAGCCCUACUCUACCCCAUUUGACCAGCCUUACUCUAUGCCAUUUGAGUAGCUGCAUUCUAUCCCAUUUGACCACCCCUAAUCUACCCCAUUUCACCAGCCCUACUCUACCCUAAUUGACCAGCUCCACUGUACCCCAUUUGAGCACCUCCACUCUACUACAUUUGACCACCCUUAUUGUACCUUAUUUGACCACCCUUACUUUUCCCUAUUUGGCCAGCCCUACUUUAACAUAUCUGACCAGCCCUGUUGUACCCUAUUUGAUCAUCCCUACUUUACCCUAUUUGAUCAGCCCUACUCUACCCAUUAUAAAUGGAAAGAGAUCACCACAGGACCACAUCGUACCAGAUGUUAUAUAAAAACGGUCCAUUUUCAGCAGUACAUAUGAGUCCACAUGUAAUCGAGCUUCUAGGAGUGUGUUAAGCACAUCUAUGCUAGCUGUAAGCUGUACCUCAUAAAACGGACAGCUGUAGCUAAAUUUCAGAUGAUGCACCUGAUAAACUGGCAAAUCAGUGUAUGUGGUGAUGCUCCUAAAAUGCGCACUGAGCAGAGCAAUGUUUUGAGCCGUCAGCAUUAGAAGAAACAUUGUUGAUGCCAGCCGAAAGAAGCGUUUCAUAUUUAGAGACAAUCUACGCUGACUCUGCAACAGAGAUUUUUUUUCUUUUCUUUUUUUUGGUGUAUUUCUGACUCACCGAGGUAAUGAAUGUCAAAAUCCCCCCGAUGUCUGCAAAAUCUUCAGAAACCAAAAUGAACUGCUCUCAAGAGCACGACAGACAAAUGAGGUCCUAAUCCUCUCUACCACAAAGCAACUGUUACCACAUGUGCAGCGAAACAUCCAUUUUCAGGCACCUAAACUAAACUGUCAGUGACCUUUGGAGCAUCACACGAUAAGGACGCACCUAUUAGCUGAAUGUCAUGACCGCUCAUUUAUUCAUAACGAGCGCCGGGAGUUUCGUCCGACUCUCGAUCCAUAAUUCAUUUCACACUCUGACAGCAGACGUAACGCCGUCAUAUGACUCAAAGCGUGAGUUUCUGUCCAUGUUAAAGAUGUUACGAUUUCAAAAAGAAGAUCUCUUGUCAAGGGUGUUUGAAGCCGGCGCUGCGCUCCUGCCAGGCUCGGCUGAGGGGGAUUAUGAUGAAAAACGACAGGGAGAAGAAUUUUAGUGAUCACAUGAUGCUGACUGUAACUUCCCGGACAAAGAUUAAGCUCGGGAGUCGAAACGAUUUUCCACAGAGAAUCACCAGUGACGCUACCGAUUAGCACAAGUCUUAAUCUGUGCUCGGGAAACUGGCCAAGCUAGUGUUUUUAAAGCCUGUUAUUUCCUGUGGCUUGGUGAGGGGAACAGAAUAACAGAUAAAUGCGUGUGGAUUGUGGGCUGGCGCUGUUUACCCGCAGUAAUUUAUCCUGGCUCCUUGAGUCCUCGCGGUUCUGUUUUUUUUUUUUUUCCACAUUUGCUUCGUUUCUAUUGAGAUGUGAUGCGUUUCAUUUUUACACUUUCCAGUCUCGCAUUUUGAUUAAGCUGAGGAGGAACAUGAGGUAUAGCACAUACACAAGGGUUAAAGACGAAAAGGAACUGCGCUGUUUAGCCUUGUUUAGCGGUGAAAUUCAGCAUUAUGCUUCAAUUGACUUAAAGACAUGAAAGAAAACUGAUAGAAUUAAAAAACUCAAGGAUUUUCUGAGAAAAAUUAUUAUGCCAGCAAGUAAUAGUUUUUUUUGGAUCAUCUUUACAUUAGUUCCAUACAUCUAUGUAUCUAAACACAACUAAAAAAAUGUGCCUUAUACAGAAAUGAACAAAUUUCAAGCCCAGAUUUAGUGUUUUAUUAUUAUUAUUAUUAUUAUUAUUAUUAUUAUUAUUAUUAUUAUUAUUUACAGUACACAAGAAGGUUCAACAACCAGCGAAAUAAAAAUACAAUCCUAUUUCCUGUUGGCUUUCUCAAAACAAACGUUUUAAGUUGUUUUAAAUUUCCGAAUCUGUAGUUACACACAUCAGCCUGAUUAAGAGAACAAUAUUUGCAAGCCAGAUGAAUUAGCAUUAGGUGGAGAGGAAAAUUACAUUUGGCGUCUCAUAACUUGCACAAUACCUUAACUUAAACCUAGAGAAAAUAACGACGCUAACAGACUCUAUUUUUCGAGUGAGCAAGCACGACGUGCAACAUUAGAAAGCUUUUCAGAAGAGGAUAAUAAUCAUAUCUGUUUAACAUUUUGAUAAAUCUAAAGGCAUUAAACUAGCUAACGUGCUCAGAAAUAUAACAGUAUACCAAUCACUUUCAGGAUUAUUUGCGAUUGCACACAUCAAGCAAACUCUGUAAUUUUCUGAGGAUCUUGGAAUUUUUCAGAUAGAAUUGCUUGUGAUUUCGAAAAACUUUGCAACAAUCAGAAAAAAAAACCCUGAAGGACUGGUAAAUCCAUUAGCUGCCACUAUUUAUUCAAGUCGAUUUGUUUCCCACGUAAAGAAAACCUUUGAGUUCUUCUUGUGGGCUGAUGAUUGUUGAUCUCUGCUUCAGAUUUUUUGACCAUUUCUAGCAUUUCAAAAAAUUCCACGUUUCUACAGGAAACAUUCCAAUCGGCUAAUACGAAGCUAUUUUUCUUUCUUUCGUUGUUUUUGCAAACCCUCUUUCGUCUUUGACCCUUGUAUAAACGUAAACAUUGAUAUUUUCAUUAUCAGCCUAAACAAAGCAGAGACUCCGUUCACGUGAAGGUUUUUUUCCAUUAAACGAUGCUAAGUGACCUUUUUUCUUGUGUCUUGUGAUGGAGCAGUGUAGCUCGAUGGGACGUUGUUUUUUUUUAAUCAUCGUCACGUGAUGCCGUUAUUGUCUCUCUCACGAUGUUUAUUAUUACCAAACAGAAAAAAAAACAUUCCAUACUCAUCCUGGUCUUUUCAUCAGGCUCGUCCUGGGCUCUUUUUAAUACUGAACCGAUAAUUGUUAUGUUCUUCUGACAGGUGGUUAAGUGUACUUUGUGUUCCACCGCUGUCUCGUCUGCCGCGUGUGUAAUUCAGGUUGUCAGUCACACACUUUGCUGUAGUGCUGAGAUAAGAUUCGUUAACGUCGGGAUUUCCAGCGCUCCGUGAAUCGUGACUACCUGAAAAGGGCCUUAACCAAAAUCCGCCGUUGCUUCAUAGAUGCUGGACGUCGAACGGGACAAACGUGUUUUUAGACGAUAAAUGGUUUGUGUCUGCUCAGUGUAAAACAUACAUACCGCCUCCAGGGGUUUGUCAUUUGUUAUGCGUACAUGAAUACCAUCGUGACCCUGCCAGCUUUCCAUAAAGGCGCAUUUCCAUCUUGGUCGAUUCCUCCGCCUGCAAACAAGAAAGAAAAAAAACAAGCGUAGGAGACGAAGCCUAGUGACAUUUACUCCCGCUGUGGCUAAUGGACUACUCGACCCCCGUCUGGAAUGUUCUUGCCCCUCGUGGACAGAGCUAAUAUGCACUUUGCUCGUUUUCUACGCAACCUUUUCAUGUGUCAAAAACUGCAGCGGUGCAGAGAGAGGUCAUUACGCAUAACAACCCAUGGUUCCUUCAAUCCAUUUCCUGUUUGCUUUGUUUCCUGGUGUGCUAAAAGGGGACCAAGGCUCAAAGGCCGUAGGAGGCUUUGUCUGUUUCUGGCCUCCGUAUGGAAAAAAAAAGAAAAAAAAAAGAUGAAAAAUAAAUGCAUUUUGGAAGUCGUUCGCUUUUUUAAUAUGAUUAAUAUUAUUGUUGUCCAUCGCAGCCGUUUGUAUAGCAUUAUCUCCAUAAGUGCAGCCUGUAACUAAUUGGACAUGAUCACGUUAUUUUAUUUUUUAUUUCCUGACACACUGGAUUUGUAAAAUAAUAAUGACUAUGAGAUAAAAGAGCAGACAGUCAGCUUUAAUUAAAGGGUAUUUAUAUCUCCAUUAGGUGUGAGUUGGAUAUUUGGUCAGCUUCUUUUAACAGCCAAUGUGGAGAGCUAAGUAACAAAAACAGUGUCAGCGUCCAAGUCUUUACAGUCUGCAGUGUAUGUUAACGUCCCCUGUACAAUUUGUAUAUUAUAAAUAUGAUUUAUUUUGGUUUGCGUUUGAGUAAUUAUGACAUAAAUAUUCUAAAUAUGCUUAAUGUACCUUGUUGUUGUGUCCUCAUUUAUUAUGACUCAUUGGUUAGCCGUCUUUACUACCAGGUGAGUAAAGGUUUUGUUAAUGUUUACUUCAGGAGUGAUUGUUUUUUUUUUUUGUAAACGAGUAGCUAAUGUGAACAAAUCAGUUUCAGUCACUGAUUCAUUCCUUUACUUUAGUUGCUUGUGAAUCAUU